AUGGCGGCAGUCUCGCUGAUUCCAGGCGAGGAGGUACCCUCAGAUCGCUUGCCAAAGGCAAAGAAAGGCACCCUCACCCUAGGUCCUGGACUUCGGCAUAUUCUCCCAUCAACCAUCUCCGCCACCACUCCCGGUGUGUUGCAAGUUGAUCAUAAGAAAGCUGCUGUUUGGCUGGAGUACCCCAAUGGCCGCUAUCAACCUAGCGUUGGAGACCUGGUCGUGGCGCAGAUACAUCACUCAACAAGCGAAGCAUACAGCUGUAUUGUCACGCCUCAUACGCCAUUUGCUCUACUUGGACAAUUAGCGUUCGAGGGCGCGAAUAAGAAGACUCGACCGCAGCUAAAGGCUGGAGAUAUGGUCUAUGCACGCGUGAGCCGGGCGAGUAAGUAUGAAGAAACGGAGCUCGAGUGCGUGUCUGCUUCCACUGGGAAAGCCGAUGGCAUGGGUCCGCUGAAGGGAGGCAUGGUGUUCGAUGUCUCACCUUCGUUCGCUCGGCGACUGAUGAUGGGAAAUGGUAAGGGUGGAGUGAUCGUUCUCGAUGAAGUGGGUGAGAAGGCUCGCUUCGAGGUGGCGGUCGGCAGGAAUGGAAGGUUAUGGCUCGAUAGCGGUAGCGUUGCGGUAACCAUUGGCAUUGGACGAUUACUGCAGCAAACCGACGAAGAAGGCUGGGACGUAGAGGCGCAGAAGAAAGCUGUGCGCAAGCUUGUGAAGGAUCUGGGAGGGUGA